AUGCAUUCAUGCCCAAGCAAUCAUGAGAGUGUGACCUCUCAGUUGAGCAUUAUCGUUCGCAUAUACGAUCAGGCACGCCCGGCACCAUCAGAAUCAUGUCUGGACUUGAAAUCGCGGGCCUUAUUCUGGGGGGCAAUUCCAGUUGCGAUUGAAGCACUCAAGGCGGGGAGCCAAGGAAUAGCGAUACUCCAAAGAAGCAGCAGGUACGAGAAUGAAUUGAAGAGGCUGAUCAAUAGGCUCGAGAAUGAACGCGUGAGGCUUGAAGAUGUUUGUGAGAAGGUUCUUGUUGAUCUUGUAUCUCACUCGCGAAUAGAGGAGUUGGUCCAAAACCCUGAUCGCCUUUUCAACGAUGAUCCAGAACUCAAAGCCAAGCUUCGAAAGCGAUUGUGGAAAGGAUUUAAUCUCUUCGAUCAGACGCUGCAAGAUAUCAAUGUUGCCAUGAACGAAGCUAUAAACCGCAUUAGUCUUCAGGUCCAAGAUGAGUCCAACAUCAGAAGAUCACUCAAGCACUCGUUCCUUGACGACUUAUUAUCUCGGAUCGAUGAAGGGGUUUCGGUCCUCGAGCAGCUCGUGGAUAGGAGCAUACAACUCGAGCCGGCUAGGAAUAUGCGCUUCCAAGGCAGAUUUCUAUUGUUCAUACGCAAGUUGGCAUGUCAACUCUCUUGUGCAUUACAAGCCAGCUUCCAUUGCACUUGCGGACACCAAAUCUGUUUACAGCUCGAGAGACGAUCGCCAGACAUGGUCCCUGGCGAUACAGGAGAUGAUGCCGUCAAAUACAUCGGAUUUCAUCUUGCUCUCUCAUAUAAAGGGCCUUCUAAAAACCCUGACAUUAUCUCGAGCCGGGAUACGAUGUGGUCAGAUGUGUUUGCGAAACCAAGCCCGAUAGCCCGCCCAGAAGCCUUGACUAUUAGUAUUCAGCCAAAGCUAAAAGAUCACCUGAAGGCUUCUAAGGGAAACAACAGUCCAAUAUACAGACGAUAUCUUUCUUCGCCCAUGAAUGGCUCGGCCAAGCUCCAGGCCGACUCUGUCGAGCUUAAGUCAGUAGUCAAUCAUCCGCAAAGAUCUACUAGAACCGUGGAUCUCUGUAAUACUAUUACACAGCCCCUUGAACCUGGAACCAAGACAUCAUAUGGUAUGAUUUUCGAUGCAUCGACCCCAGAAACUUAUACAUACCAUGUAUCUUCAGUCAUCCUCAGCAAAUACCGAGCACAGUGUGGUAGAAGUAUAACCUCGCUGAACGAAGUUCUCGGCCAGAACCGUCGAUACAUGAUUCUGUCGGAACAGGAUAGACUGAAACUAGCCGCGGUCGUAUCUUCGAAUCUUCUUCAACUUCAUGGAAGUUCAUGGAUGCCGAAAGUCAUCCGCAGCCAAGAUAUCUACUUGAUCCAAAGCGAGGACGACCCCAUUUGCGAUCGCUUUUUUGUCAUGCAGACUCUGCCAAACAAAGCCGAUUCUUGUAUCGAAGAGAAUACGAAGUUGAGUUCCAUGAGGAACCAGACAUUAUUUUACCUGGGUGUGCUUUUGAUCGAAUUGGCAUUUGGCAAAUCAUUUGAGCUGCUGCGAAGUGAACGGGACAGGUCAAGCACCGGUUCUCAAUUCUUCACAGAAUACAGAACUGCGAAACGAUUGGUAGAUCAGGUUAAGAGCUUCAUAGGGCCGAAUUAUGGGAGUGCAGUCUCAAGAUGUAUCGAUGGGGAGUUUCACGGCCGGGGAGUAGGGCUCGAGGAUCAAGAUCUAUCUCACGAUGUAUACGCUGGAGUCGUGGCGCUGCUGGAGAAGGAAUUGGAAGGCUAA